AUGAAUUAAAACUAAUAGAGUUAAGAUUUUAAAUGUAAAGAUCAUCCCGAGAAACCUGUACUUUUUCGGUGUAAAUCAAAUGCUUGCAGUGAGGAUCGAAUUUUCUGUCUUUAUUGUCAAAAGUAGAAUAAACAUGCUUAACAUUAUACUGAAGAUGUCCUUAGUAUUGAUGAAUUAGAUUAAUUUUUAAUUCAAAAGUCAUAACUUUCUAAUGGUCUCAUUUCAGAAUGUCAAAUUUAAUUUUAAACAACUUAUGUCUAGUUUAUCAUAUAAGUUUUGUGGAUUAGAAGAUAAUAAAUUAAAACCAUAUUAAGUACAACAGGCACUUGA